AUGCUCCUCCCCCCGAAAAGUUUAAAUGGCCUGCCCCCCCAGGAGACAGGCAAGGGGCCCCCGAAACCCGGGGAAUUUUUCCCCGGGGCGCACCGCCGGCAUCGGGGGCCCGAAACAAGGCCCCCAAAAGAAACAACACCGGAAAGGGCCACAAGGGGGCGAAAACCCACGGCACCAACCAAGGGCCCCCCGGCGGACCCCCCCCCAAAAAACCCCAACGAAACCCCCCCCGCCCCCCCCGACCACAGCAAAAACACAAACCCAAAAGGGGAAAGCAAAGGGCAGAAACAGCCCCAACCCGGGGCCCCGCCAGAGGGGCCAAGCAGCAAGGCCCCCCCGGGCCCCCAGAAAAACCGGGGGGACAAGCAGCAAAAAGAAAACAGCAGACGCGACCCCCCACCCCCCCGCGCCCCGGCGGGAAAAGGGAAAAAAAAAGACCCAAACCCCUCCCGGGCCCCCCAAACCCCCCCCAGGGCCCCCCGAGAGGAGGACGGCCACGCCCGGCCACGGCCCCUCCCCCCCCCGCCCCCAAAAAACCGAGCAACCCCCCCCCCCAAGCCCCGCACGAUGCACCGCACCCCACGCUUUAACCCGGCAAACCCCCCCAACGAGCGAAGCCCACCCCCGACCCGGGGGCACUCCCAAAAGGGACCCCCGACGCCCCCAACCCGCCCCCCAACAGAACACCGAAACCCCCGCCACAGGCCGCGACCCACCGCCCCCCCCCCGGACGAAAAGGCAACCACGGCAAGAAACCCCGGGGGCCCCAAACACCCAAAACCCAAGGGACCGGAAGACGAGGCAAGCCCCGACCCCCCGGCCCGAGCCCGAAGCACCCCGGGGCCAGCACCCAAAAAGAACCCCGAAAGCCCGGGGGGGCCCAGCCCCCACCCAAACAGCCAGCAAGGCCCACCCAGGAAAUAG